AGUUUGAGUGCUUCUUCACGGGAAAUCAUUAUAAAGCAGAUUGUUUUAUGCGUAAAUUUCUACAAUGUACUCUCUAGUGAAAUCAGUACUGAUUGCUUGCAGCAUUUACUUCGUUAUUUUGCAGCUUUCACGAGGAAUAGAUGGAGCUGAUCAAAAGUAUUCUAUGGGAUUGAAUUCUCCAUCCACAAGAAAACCGUCGGGGCAAAAUCCUUCAACAACGAUAAAAUCUCUUGGAUCGGAUAAAUGUGCCCGGGCACCAUCAGUUGUGUGCAGUUCACAGGCAUAUGCAAAACAAUGUAACUUCGAGCAACGUUGUAUUGAUAGUAAACUUGGAUAUGCUGCCUUAAAUCAAAACAAGCCGAAUUAAGUUUAAAAUUAAUAGUUUUUUUAUGAAUAUGGAAGACUAUAAAACGGACAAUAUUCCAUCGAUGAAAAAUCAAACAAACAAUAAUAACUUCUAAAUACAUG